AUUGUUGGGGGGGAAUUGUGUUUGACUGUGUUUAUCAAUGUCUAGACGUGAUUCUAAGGUCCAUUUUUUCCCCAUCUCUGCAGAUAAGGCAGACGAUGAGCUUGAGAUCACGACAGUGUGUUACAGACCGGAGGGCCUGGAGCAGCUAGAAGCCCAAACCAACUUCACCAAACAGGAACUGCAGAUCCUUUAUCGAGGUUUCAAAAAUGAAUGUCCUAGUGGAGUGGUAAAUGAAGAAACGUUUAAACACAUUUACGCACAGUUCUUUCCACAUGGAGAUGCAAGGACGUAUGCACAUUAUCUUUUCAAUGCAUUUGACACAACCAAUAAUGGCUCCAUUAAGUUUAAGGACUUUGUCUUGGGGUUGUCUAUCCUGCUGCGUGGGACACUUACGGAAAAGCUGGAGUGGACAUUUCACCUUUAUGACAUUAACAAGGACGGAUACAUCAACAGAGAGGUGAGGGAGCAC